CAGUAAACACCACCGAAUGAGAAGAAGUAGCAGAAGAAGAACCACCACCUUCUAUUGACGACAUUUUUUCCCCAAGAUGGCGACCACGCAGUUAACGGAUGAAGAGCUUUUUUCUCAAUUGAAGUGUUUUGGUUUCACCCCCGGUCCGGUCACGGAGAACACGCGUCCGGUGUACCUGAAGAAACUGAAGAAGCUUCGCGAAGAGCAGCAACAGCGUGGCUCCAGGUCGGGUAAAGUCCGUGGCAGCGGAACCAGUAUCAGCAGCUCGGCGGCAUCUAGGCCAGCUAGACAUGACGUCACGCAGUCGAGACCGGGCCCAAAGUCUUCAGUCCUCGGCUUCAGCUCAGACGAGUCUGACGCUGAAACUCCUCUGAGACGGAAGGCCCUGGAUCACAGCCGGAGGGGAAAUCGGGUCGCAACCAGUCUACAGCCCAAAAUCAAACUAGUUUCACCGCGAACCGAGACCAUUCAGCGGCAACAUGACGGUGGGACUACCGAGUCCUCAUCCCAGCUACCAGACAGACAGAGGGGCGCCCCGUUGGACCGAGAUCUCGGUAAGGGAUCCAGGCAUUUCCAUGAACUGAGAGACGAGGAUCUAGAUGAAGAACUUCAGAGUUCUCAUCCCGUUAAUGGUCGCGGGGUAUCCCGGCCCAGUAAUCUAGCUGGAGAGUACUCGGACUCCGACGAGGAGGAGAUUGGGAGCCCUGGAGUCCGAGACCGGGGCCAGAGCAGCCUGGAACUUCGACAGAGCCACACAACCGUGCCAUUUUCCUUCCAUAGGGCGUCUCAGGUCGGAGGAAAGAACUCUACUCCUGAUCUACCAGGGAAUCCAGAAAUGGAAGGCGCAGAAGAGACUGAGGGUUAUUUGAACCCAUUAGGAGGUCCACGGAGCCACAGGAAGAGGAGAUGCGUGUUCCUGGACGAGGACCACAAAGGAAACACCAACAAGAACAAUCACGUUCACAGCGAGGACGGAGAAGCCAGAAGUAACGCAGUAGGCCUGAGACCGCGCUUCUUCAGCAGCCAGACCCAGACCCGGACCCACAGGGGGAACCAUUCUAACCACAACUCCAUUCAGAACCACUCCUGCAGCCAGGCGGUUCCGAAGAAGAAGCUAUCUGUACCAGAGGACGAACUGCUUCUUCAGUUCAGGAGAGAAGAACCAGUGUCCUCCGGGACCUUCAGCGCCCACUACCUGUCCAUGAUCCUUCUCACGGCGGCCUGCCUCUUCUUCCUGCUGCUGGGUCUCAUGUACAUCCGGAUGGGCGGUUCGGGGUCCCCCCCAAGGGAUGGUGUUGUGAAGAGCCACCCAUUUGGCAGUGACUUUGACUCUUCAUAUGAUGAUGCAGAGAAAGAUGUUGUCCUUAACCUGCUGCUCAGGCUUCAUGACCACCUGGCUGUUGUUGCUGGCCACCAUGACUGUGGAGACCAGCGGUAUCCCAGGAGGAACCUGACCCUAGCAGAGGCCUCAGAGUUUUUAUUGGCCCAGAAUCGGGACUUUGAAGGUAUGAUUUACAGCUCUCUGGAGUGGAUCAUCAAGGCGGGUCAGGAUGUUGGUAUAAGGCUGAGCGGGGAUGUGGCUGAUGAACCAGUGACUGACGUGUCUGAGAUCUCCUGGUUAGAGUCCACACAUCCCAUGAUGCCAUUCAUGUGCCGCUUUCAUCGAGCUCUGCUGACGGUGACCGUAAAACUCCUCCUGUUGGUUGUUGUGGCAGGCUGUGUGUUGAGUGUGGUAGCCCUGGUGAAGUAUCGGUGGAGAAGGCAGGAGGAGGAAACGAGGCAGAUGUAUGACCUGGUAGAGCGGAUCAUUGAUGUUUUGAGGACUCGUGGUGAGUCCUGUCAGGAGAACCAGGAGCUGCAGCCGUACCUUCCCAUCCCACAUGUCAGGGACUCCCUGGUUCUUCCUCAGGACCGGAAGAGGAUGAAGAAGGUCUGGGAGCGGGCCGUGAGAUUUCUUUCAGCCAAUGAGUCGAGGAUUCGAACGGAGAAUCAGAGGAUUGAUGGAGCAGAUUUCCUGGUGUGGAGGUGGAUCCAGCCUUCUCUCAGUUGUGACAAAUCCAAAGGAUGGCAGGGAAAAGCUUUCCCUUUGGACCGGAGGAAUUCCCCUCCCAACAGCCUCACUCCAUGUCUGAAGAUAAGGAAUAUGUUUGACCCGGUCAUCGAGGUUGGAGAUCACUGGGAUUUAGCCAUUCAAGAAGCCAUCCUGGAGAAGUGCAGUGACAACGAUGGUAUUGUUCAUGUUGCUGUUGACAAGAACUCACGUGAGGGGUGUGUGUAUAUGAAGUGUCUAUCUCCAGAACACUCAGGGAAAGCCUUCAAAGCUCUCCACGGCUCCUGGUUUGAUGGUAAGCUGGUGACGGUUAAAUACCUGCGUCUGGACCGGUACCACCAGCGCUUCCCACAGGCCCAGGGCUGCAGCACGCCCCUGAAGGCCUCCAGCCUCCACCAGAACAGCACGAACGCUGCAGCUUACCAUCAACAGCACGAGUCAGUCAGCUCUUCCAGCUUCUCCUGAGACAUCUGCUGUUCUGCUUUUUUCCUCCCAGAACUCUGCUGCUGGGCCCACUCACUAUUUUAAUACCUUCAGGACUUUUGCUCCUGCUAUUGGAUUAUUAUUAUUAUUUUUAUUCCACACUGCGGAUACGAAAGAGAUGCAGCAGAGUGGAGCACGUUCUGUUAUAACAUAUAAACUGUAUAUUUCAAGUGUCAGAAUAAAAUCUUUGAGUAUUUUA